AUGACGCCAUCUAGCGACGUACAUAUCUUUCAAAAAUCGUCGAAUAUCGGCUUCAAAAUUCUUACUUUUUCGAAAAAUCGAGAAAUCGAUUUGCGCGAUCGAUUCCGGCGAUUAUCUCGAUUUGCUCGAGAUAUCGCGACUGACGUGAAGCAUUGGUAAACGAGGAAUACUUUUCGUUUAAAAUUGUCCACUGUUCUCUUUUCCGGAACUCCGUGCAGUAAGUCCAAUUUCUUGACUUAGACAAUUCUAGUCAUCAUUACGUAACUGUUCGCUCGUUGCGCCUUCCGACGUGUAAAAUAUUUUGACGUUCGGUUUCCUAUCUAAAAUAACGUCGUCGUUACACGUUCACGAAAUUUCUAGAAGUGUUCCACAUCCCUCCCCCCACCACUGUCACGUUUGUUUCUCUAGUAAUUUCGAGUUUCGCGUGGAGGCUUUCACGUUAUUUAUUUGUCCGAGAAGUAAGAUUCGAUGUUCAACGUGCACGACACCCUCCGGAGACGAUCAACCCCUCACGAAACGAUGUGCUGAGUACUCGAGAUCGAUUGAAAGUCGCAAACUCUCAAGUCGUACUGUAAAUAAAUAAAAAUCCAUUUCCAGUCGAAAUUUCGAAAAGGUCUUUCGAAAAUUUUGGUAAGUGAAAUAUAGCUGAGAUGUUACGUAAAAUAUUUGUUAUUCUUAGUGAAGUUGUCCAAGUAACGAGUACGUAUUAUAGGUUAUGCUCCCCGUGCGUCACUCAAAAUAAGUUCCCACGAGACCGAGAAUCCGCUAUUUUUCCCAUCUUUGUUAUUCCUUCGUUGAUUUUUCAUUCAGUUUGUAUUACGUCACAAUUUAUUUAACACUUCCAGAAGAAAUUGAACGUGUGCUUCAAAGAAAAAAAAUUUGUAUUGCCGAGAAAAAGAGACUGAAAUUCGUUCGACUUCGUUUGCCAACGUUUAACGUAUCUCCGUGCUUCAUUGUAACUUAACGAUCUUUUUUUGCUCGUAAUUAAACAAGCGACGAAGUUAAUUCUCUGUACUACUAGUUGUCAAUUUAUAUUCCAAUGCCUGAAGUCAAUUACAUUUCAGUUAUACGCAUUUUAGUUAUCGUGCUCUCAUUGUUGUUCGAUACGUCGUUCUAUGUUUUACGUUGUACUAUGAAGUAAUUGUUUAUUUUAAUGAAUACAUUUAGACUUUGUUGCAUUGUAAUUUUUUAGUUCUUGAGAAAUGGCUAAGUGGGGUGAAGGAGAUCCAAGGUGGAUCGUUGAAGAAAGGCCCGAUGCCACCAAUGUAAAUAAUUGGCACUGGUAUGACAAAACUUUCAAUGUACAUAUUUUGUUCUAGAGUUAUAUCACAAAUAAACUUUAGAUUGUAGAUAUAUGUAUAUAUAUAAUGAGCAAAAUUAAGUUUUACAUAACAGAGAUUGGUUGCAAUUAAUUUUGUUGCUAUAUAUCAAAUUAGAUUUUUGCAUUCUAUUAAAUUCGUAUGAAUAUUAUUUUAUAUCAGUAAUGAUUAGAAAGACAUUUACUAGAAUUUAUUGAUUAUUUAAAAUUUUUAUCAUUAAAAAACAAUACAAUCUGAGAAAAGUUCAAAUUAAGUUUUAACUAAUGUAUUCAUUUGUAAAAGUUCAUGUACAAUUGAGAGUCCAUUUGAUUAUGGUUACUGUAAUUUUAUUAUAAUUUUAAUAGGUUCAUAGUAAUUUUAAUUUUUUUUUAAGGACAGAGAAAAAUGCCUGUGUUUGGUCCCAAGAAAAAAUAAAAGAAUUAUUUACCAAUAUGAAGAUGGAAGGAGAUAAUGGUUUGCAUUUAUCUUUUGUAUUAUCAUUAUAUUAUCAUUAAUAAUUUAUAUAAUCGUUUAAUAGCUAUCAUAUACAUGUAAAAUUUCACGUGCAAUGUAAAUCAGAGUGUCUCUUUUAGUUUCCUGUAAAGUAAAAGAAGUAGAGAAAUGUGAAGGUGAGGCAAUGGCAAAUAAUCGAAAAGGUAAAUUAAUUUUCUUCUAUGAAUGGAAUAUUGUUUUGAAGUGGGUAUCCAACAAAAAAUCUGAUAAGAAGAUUGAGGGUAAAAUAAACAUUCCAAAUCUCUCUGAGGAAAAUGAUAUUUCUGAAAUAGAUAUUGAAAUUACUCUAGAAGAUAGUACAGACGAAGGUGAAGCAGUGAAACAUUUUCUACAUACGAAAGGAAAAGAAUUUAUUAGGGAUAAAUUGAAAAAAUAUGUUUCUUCCUUAAAAGAAGAUGCAAAUGAAUUCUACUGUAGUGUCAUCGAAUAAUAAAAAAGAACUAGGAUGUAAAAUUUCCACGACGACGAUUAAGCAACAACAGAAGUUUCAGUGCAGAGCUGAAGAAUUUUACAACGUAUUUACAACAGUUGAGAAUAUAAUAAAUUUCUCAAAGAGUUGCAAUAACAAAAUGAAAAGGAAAUAUUUUAUUCUUUUCCGCAUAAAAUUUAAAGAAAUAAGAUUGAUUUUUUCAUCUCAUCUUAAAGCUAUGGUUCAAGCAUUUACAAAGGGACUGGUGAAGCUCGAAUUGAAGAACGGAGGCAAAUUUGAAUUAUUUGGUGGUAAUAUACAUGGCCAUUUCAUGGAUAUAACGCCUACGAAGAUUGUUCAAAAAUGGCGUUGCAAACAAUGGCCUGAUGGCCAUUAUAGUGAUGUUACUAUUGAUAUUUGUGAAAAAAGUGACCAUACUGAAGUUAAUUUAACACAAGUAGGAGUACCAGUUAGGUAAAUAAACUCUACAAUCUUUUAUAAUAUUUGACUUAAUAUGUGACUUGUAACACUCACAAAUAUUUAUUUGCAGCGAGGAAGAAUCCACAAAAGAGAAUUGGGAAAGGUAUUAUUGGGAUCCUAUAAAACGUACAUUUGGAUUCGGUUAUUUUAUGUGA